AUGAUUGAGGACAUUGAUGUAUCCAGGUUAAAAGUUCCGGAACUAAGGGCUGAGUUGGGAAGACGUGGCCUAAAUACUUUUGGGACAAAGCAGAUCUUGAUGGAUCGUUUAAAUGAUGCACUGAAGGCGACUGCUAAACCGAACUCUGACAAGUGUCGGGCCAGUGAUUCUGAGGAACAACCUUGCAAGACGUCUCCUGAUAUCAGCAAACAAGCUAAUCAGAACUCGGAACAAAAUGGAUUAGGGUCAAGUCCCAUGGUGUCUCCGCGACGUAAUUUUGAGAAUGAGGUAACAAGUGACAGGGAUGGGAAUGUAUCUGAUCAGUAUCAGAAAUCAGACUCGGAUAAUCAUAAGCGUAGACGCUCACCGUCAAACUCGCCACGACGUAGGUCAAGAUCACGGGAUCGGGACUUUCGUCGAUCACCACGCAGGCGUUCGAGGUCUCCCCAGUCCAAAUCAAGGAUGGUUCUGGAGCCUGAUGACUGGGAAAAAAGCACUGCUGUUUUCCUCGAUUCUUACAACUGUGAUCUUAAUCUAUUGAUUGAUGCCAACAAUUACCAGGCCAGACCGCAAACGGAAGGUGGCUUCUCACUGAUGUGGGCUGGAGUAAGGGCGAAUUUUGGGACAGUUUCUGGGAAGGCAUUUUACGAAGUUCGGAUUGUCAAGAAUAUUCAAGUCGAGAACUACGACAGUCUGGUGGGUGGGGCCACUCACGUGUUACGAGUCGGCUGGUCGACUGAAAAUACCGACUUUGCUCUAGGAGAAGAGGCACAAUCUUACGGUUAUGGAGGGACAGGUAAAAAGUCAUGUAACAAUAAGUUCACUGACUACGGAUGCGCAUUCGGAGAAGGGGAUGUAGUUGGUUCUUUCAUAGAAUGGACAAACACUGAAGCCGUAUUGCGGUUUAGUGUGAACGGCGUAGAUCAAGGGGAGUGCUAUCGUGUUCAAAAGUCUCAGUUGGGGGAACGUUUCGCUUUGUUCCCGCAUGUGUACGUGAAAAAUGUCGAGUUUGCCUGUAAUUUCGGGCAAGAUAGUCAGUCUCCUUGGUUUAAUCCAAACAUUCCCGGGAUGAUCCGUUAUCGUGGCAGCUUAUAA